UGAUAAACUUAUUAAAUAGAUCUGGGAUGUAGAUGCAAUACCUAAAAAAUGAAGCUCUGCUUGGAUCUAGUUUCAUCGCAUAAUUUGAAAAAGACAACUGGAUGGCACGAUUUGCAGUUGUGUACGCCAUCUUACAUUGUGCUACGAAAUACAAGUUCAGACGAGAAACGAUGUAUCCACUAUAUAUCCACUGAGUCGAAGAAGUUUGUGUACAAAGCAUCGCAGUCUAUUGCUUCUUUAAUCGAUUCCAUGAUAUGCACGAGUUCUACUCAAUCAGGCUUAAAGUUCGUGGGUGUCCUGAGUAGUGGAACAAUUUUCACUUUUGAUUUUCUGAAGGAGCUUUUCUGGUGCUCAUCGUCAGUCUUUCGUCCAAUAGCAGAUAACCGACCCAAAAUAAUUCAUCUAGCAGCUGAUAAUGAGGCGCAGUCUGUGUUGAUUGUGACAGCCGCUCUUAAUGUCUACUUCAUUCAGCUCAAAACACGAGAACAGUGCAGAGACAACUUCGCUUACACCUCCAUUUCACCAGAAAGUGAAUCGUAUUCGGUCUCUUCAUGCUUUUACGAGGAGCAAGAAGCUUCGUGCAGAUGCAUUGUGUUAGUGUUUCAACCAGUACGAGAUGCAAUAGUCGUGAACAAGGUGUCUGUGUUCGCCACCCAAUCCAAGAUUGAAAUUAGUCAGAGACGCUGGCAGAUCGACACGCAUGACUGCUCGCCUACUUCUCAAAUCCAUUCUUGUAUCAGUCUUAACGCUAACUACUUCGCAGUUUGUGCCCUCAGUUCAAAACAAAUUGGAAGUGUGUUGCAUAUUGGUUCCAUCCAGGGAGAGAAAUUAGGAAAUACUCUGAAAACAUUGUCGGACCAAAACAGACCAAAAAGUGCGAGGACACAUUCACUAGCAGCCUUGCAGUUUUCUGCAGAUUCAAGCUUGCUGCUUGUUCUGACUAAAGAGGGAAACUUGUGUGCAUUCACUAUUUUUGGACAGCAGUUGUCAUUGGACUGUUCUCAAUUGUCAGCUGAUGCUCAGAUGUAUCUGCAUGUAUUGUCUUUGCCGGCAAGCAAUAGCGGAUUAAGCAGCAAGCAGAAGUUCCUGAUUCGAACGCAUAGUGGUCCUGAUGACCUGUUUGUAAUUACAGACGGGUUCUAUGCUUCAAUAUUUCGAUUUAAUAUCCUCGACAAAUCGCUCUCGUUAAGUGCCGCUAUUUUUGACUCGCUUUUCAUUGAAACAGAAGACUUGCUGCAGUCUUUGGAAGCGUCUAUUAAAGUCGCGUCCCCUAGAAAAGACUCGAAAAGGCCACGAGCAAGAAGCACAGCAGUGUCCGAAAAUGCGAUGCGGAUCGCGAGAAGUUUUUCGGUUGGUAACAACAACAGUUCGAUUCCCGACCUGGUCGCCGCUUACGAGAAUUACUUGGGUAACAUCGGAAGUAACGAUACCAUCAUGUCGAGGAGAAACGCCAGUACUUUAUCGUUGAACAGAGUCAGCAGUUAUCAAAGCUUGCAGGAUGAUGAUAGCCAACUGAUAAAUCUACUAAACGCUGCCUUAAUGCAGUUGUCACAGAUGUAUGGCUAUUUCGAACUAAAAGCUGAAACUGUUUCUCCUUAUGAGUACGAUCGAAUUUUGUCGAAUAACAAUGCCCGUGCUAAUUGUAAUGAUAACGAAAAAGUGCUAGCUUCUGUAAGAAAAAUGAUAGAGUUACUCUGCAUUGUGGCCAAAACAAACGAUUAUCUAGCUGGUCAGUUUGACUUCAAACGAGAAAUGGUGCUCCAUUUUCUAAUUUCACGACUUGUUGCUAACAUUCUCUUCGUCGCUCUUUUCACGCCGAAUGCCAAUAAAGUAGUUCCAUACUGUCUGUUGACGAAUAUUUCGAUGAACGUGUGUCAAGUUUAUUCGUCAACUGAGAAAAGUUUCGGCAACAAGUUGCAGAUGAGAUUGCUGAGUAAUGCGAUUAAUCAACAGAUUGAGAAGGCGCAAGUUGUUCCUCUGAGCGGCGUGAAAUGUAAAGUAUCAGUCAAUGGCAGCCGGGCUGCAGACCUGAAGAACCAAUAUUUAGCUGCUUUCACGUUUCUCAAAGACGUCGCUUCAAAAGUACAACGUGAGCAAACUAUGGACUACUUGCUAUUCUCUCAAAAAACCUUGACCAAAGCAGGAAUCGAACCGAAGUACUUACACGAUUCGGCUGAGCCAGAUUCAAUUGCACGAAAAAUGGUUGAGACGACGAUUCCCUACAAGCAGCGCAUAGGGUGCAUAACAAAGGAGUACCAAAAACGAGGUAUAAAAACGGAUUCCGAGUUAAAUUCGGAGGAUAAACUAGGUAAUUCGACAUUGUCGAUGCUGUAUUUCUUCUUGGAGAAUUAUGACAUAAAGAAUGUUCUCCAGCUGAUCGACAAUUGUGUGAGUUGUUACUUUGCACCGGAAGAUACUCUCGUACCUGUGAAGAAUAUGCCGGAGUUGUUGAUGACGGAUAAUUUGAAGAAGUUUCCGAUUUCGUUCGUCAACUUGGUAGCCAACGACAAAGGAAACAUGAAGUACAUUCCAGUGCUCUUCUCCAUUUCUGCAUCUCAAUCAAGGCCUAAACUCGGUCACUCUACGGAAGACGAAUUCACAAUAGUGCAAAAUAGGACAUCGGCGCUGCGAUCAGUCGCCAGAUUCCUAGGACGUUACUUCUUAGCCAACCAGAAACUAUUCGUCUACCCAUCGCAUCGUGCAAUUGAAUUGCAGUCGCUGUUGGACGAAAAUGCGGAGAAGUCAUUUGAAGGACGAAAAGUGUUUUUAGCCAGGUUGAAAAUUGCUUCGGCAAUUAAAAAGUGGAGGUUAUCUUCUUUAGUAUCGCCUCAGUUGGCGUUGUCGCUUAUGUUCGUAUGUGGUUUGUUCACUGAAGCAGCGAAGUUCUGUCAACUCAUGGGAAACAAUAGACUGUCGAUAGCUGUUUUAUGCGCGGCGUACAAACUAAAUGAUAACAGAGCUUAUCAAUUGGCGGAUCCCCGUGAGAAUGUCCUGAAGUUAACCCAGGAGUUUCAGAAACUAUUCGAUUCUCAAGCAUUCUUGAUGUCCCUGACGCAAACCGACCAAAUUGUCAGAGCGAUGAAGGAAUUGGGGGAUCUUUUCCAACUGGGAAUUGUCUGUGGCGUCGAUGUUAUGCCUGCUUUGGUUGACGAUUUGACCUCUCGUGUAUUAUUAUCAGCGAGCUCGUUCAAUCUUUUCAUCCCGGAAAACAUUUCGCUCCCUUCUCUUCCUUUGUUCAUGCCACCAAGUGCAACUGAUCAAUCAGAAAGCGAGGAGGAUUUGGUGAGAAGGACUUUGCAGCAGUUGAUGUAUGUCUUGCGAGUGUCAAUGCAAGCUGCAAAUUGUGACCAGUUUCUGGUGAAGCAUUACUUGCUAAAAGUACAGAAGAAGUUGACGAAAACAAAACAAACACUUCCAGAAGUACUGGUCUCUCGAGUGAGUUCAGCGGUGGAUGUCUCCCUCUUGGACGAAAAACAGUACACUCCUCUCACUCGGUGUCUGAGGUCCACUCUCUUCGUCAUGUGGAUGACUCAUUGCAGAGACCAAUUUAACCAGGCCAUCCGAACAUACAACCAAAACUACACGGCACUUGUUAAUGACCGUUCGCCCGACGAUACCGGCGUUUUCGACGACGCGAUCUGGGAUUCAUGGGAGGCGGCAAUCCAUUGGGCAAACUUCCUACUGCCAUUCGCCAAGUUCAUGGGGGAGGAAAUCGCACUCAUAGAUUGUCUCAUAUCAUUGUUCAUGCAGAUGCCGGUGAAUGAGCGGAGUGUGAGAGUUAUGGCGACAGUUUUCCACCAGCCGAAGAGGGUGGAGCCGAGGGCAAGUCUCAUGCUGGAAGAAACCGAGGACUCCUUCGUGUUCGACUCAUCCCUGUUCGCUCUCUCACACGCAGACUACGAUCUCACCUCGAACCAAAUUGUGCCGUUCAUCCUUGAGAAGAAGUACAAGAAACUGAUGUUGCGAUUAAACUGCCAAACUGACCUUCCAGCAGGGGAGGUUUUCACACUCUUUGUGAACAAACAGAGAGCCAAAAGGAGUUACAUGAUCAAAAAUGGACUCAUCGUUGCAGAUCUGUUCUUCAACCAGACGGACUUUCCCGAAAUCGGUCAGCUAGAGUUCGAGCUGACCCCGGAAUAUCUAUCCUUCCUAGAAACGUGUGUCGACAUCAUGCUCGCCAAUGAUACUAACAGAUCAAACAGCGGAAAAACACAGGUAAAUGUACCAGUGUUGAUACCGUAUGCUAAGCAAGUGGAAAAGCAUCUGGGCGCUGAAAAGGGAGGAGAGAAUGGGGCUCCAGGAGAGGUGCUGGAUGAUCUGAUGGUUCCUAAUAUGAGACAUUAUCUGCAAUCGGCUGUAUGCACCCGAGCGAUAAAACGAACCUUAAAACAGCGUGGAAAAAAUGACGAUGAAGAUGAAGAUUCUCUGAGUCUUCAAAUUUCAAAAAGUUUCGCCGACACUUUGGCUCUCACAGAAAUGUCUUUCUCAGAUGCGAAGAAACUAGGUGGCAAAUCAACCAUACCGAUGGAACAAGAGAUGUUCAAGAAGUUCAACACGAUCGAAGAGCAUUUUGCGACUAUUAGUCAGAAGGAACAGAUUUCCUAUUCGAUCACGUUGUCUGGAAAAGUGUUCUACAGCGAACAUAUUGAUAAAAGUUGGAGUUGUCUCAACUGGCUCUGUGACUGGGUGACUCGCGACAACACAAGUUCAAGUUUGACAGCUUCUACCCGACCAAGUGGCUUCCAAAAACUGGACGUGUCCCCAAACCUGUUAGCCAACGCUUCCUGGAACUACUUAGUCUCGUGGAACGGGUGGCCUGAACGUCUAUCAGAGCAACUGUAUGUUGUAAUGCCUAUAAACGCGCAGUAUUAUAUUGAGAGAUUAGGCGUCGAAACUGGCGGCGAGCGGGAUGACUCAAGAGGUCGAACAAACGGAACAAAUCCAAAUCACUCAAAUAAUAUGAAGAGAAAUGAGUUCGAAAAUGCUCACGACUCGUCGUUGCCUUCGGUAACUCAGUCCAUCGAGUCGUCGCCUAGAGGUUCAAGAGCACCCGGCUCGGCUUUCCACGAGAAGUACAAUGCUGCGGGAGAACAGCAUCAAUUGAGCGAGGGGUUGAUUUCAGACGCAGAACACCAAAUUUUGCAGUCAAUUGACCAGCCUGAACUUCGCGAGACUGCUCUGGAUGCAAGACUGGAUGAAUUAAGGAGGCACAAUCCUCAAUUGCUACUGCAGAGUCCGGAUUCUGGUAGAAACAACAAGUCAAUGAUGAGUAAUCAUCAGCCGAUCAUGGUGGAUGCGGAUACGCUGAGGAAACUGAUUAGAUCAGAGACAGCGCAAGCAUUGAACGGAGCCAUGGACAAUACUUACGCCUCUCAGAGUCCUAGGAAGUCCCACCAGGCGCGUCGUCAUGGUAACAGUGUCGAGUUUAACCUGUCAUCCGAAGCUCCUUCCUACAACUUCGAAGACGAGGCAGACUUUGGUCGACCAAGAGGGAAGAAAUCGCACAAAAAACACGGAAGAAAAUCGAAAAAAGACAGGCGUUCGAAUUUUUCCGAACAGCAAAAUCCCUCGGGACAAUUUGAGUUUUACCAACAACAAGUUCAUCCUCAAAGUAUAGGAAUUCCACUACUGAAUGUAAACACGAAUCUUCAGCCGCAGCACGGAUAUCAUCAUGGUUUCCUGGAACCUGAUCCGUAUUAUAUGAAUUCGUCGUUUUAUCAUCACGGUAGUAUGCCAGCAUUCGGAUACCAACCGCCAAUGAAUCGAGGGAGUCCGUUUCUGUUGCAGCCGAAUAGCAACGACGAGAAUCAGUUAACAAAUGAGCAGUUAGUUAAUAUUCUCCCGAGUAGAGAUGAAUUAGAAAAGUUUCAUGAACAUAGAAAAAUGCAGUUGCUAAAUGCACAGAAUAGAGGGCGGCAACAGAGACUAGCAUGGGUUACUGCGGGUUCUGAAACUGUGAACGAAAUGUCGCCAAGAGAUGGAGGAUUGUUGAUUCCGACAGAAGACGAAGUUAAAGUGAAACUUCUUCACGCCGAAUUGCAAGAUGAAAAGAAUGAAAACGAGGUCAAAAGACCUGAGACACCGAAGGUUAAAGAAGUGAAGGUGGAAGAAGCGCUAGUGCCUCAGGCGAAGUCAGAAAGAACCCUAGAGGAGACUCCGAGAACCCCGAGGCCUAUUCUGAAGGACCAUCAUGCGAGCACGACAGAACCACACGAACAUGUCAAAUUCAAGCAUUCGAUGGGAGUUCAAGUGAAUCUCCCGUCCCCAGAAGCCGAGAAUACAAAUCAGUCUAAUAUGGAUGAGAAAUCGGUCACCGUUGUUAGCCCUUACGAUGGCGAAGUGGAGGAGGAUACUGUACUUGACGAUGAAGACAAGGAAAUUACAGAUGAAUUUAACAACCUGUCAUUUGAAGUAGAAGACCCCAAAAUGCAAGAUGCAACCACGUCUCCCCUCCCGUCUCCCAAGAAAGCGAGGAAAGAAACAGAGACACAGACAGCUGUUCACGAGAAGCAACCCCCGAGUCCGAGGGCACUCACAGUGGAGCAGAUUAAAAGAGGAGAGACGUCUCAAGGUCACGCUUCGAAUAGAGCGGCCAUUCCACCAGAGAUUUUUGUCAAUCUACACUUCCCACACGUGCAUAAGAAGGACUUCUUAAGCGUAGUGGAUAUUGAGGAGAAAAAUAUGGAAGGCCUUCCAGAAAUAACAUCCAGCCUGUACGACUCCGAAUCAAUGCAGCCUCGUAGCUACGCUGACUUGCAUUGGCAGAUAGUGAGAGAGUUGAGAGAGGGUCCCAAGCCCAGUUCGGAUGCUCAAAGUAGAACUCCGAGAGAUGCUGGGAAGUCGCCCAGAUUUGGAACUCCCAGAGGGGAAACGAAUGAUCAAAGACAAGAAGUUUAUACAACUGAAAUGGCUACUUCACCAUUUGUCACUCCGAGAAAGACGCCUAGAGAUACAGAUGAAGAGGAUGACUCAAAAGAGAAUACAGGGGGCGAUCGUUUCACUGAGAAGGUGUUUGCUGAAAUGGAUCUGCAGAAACAUUCGAAAGAAGAUUCGUCGGCACUUACACGUGGCGUUCUGACUCAGCAGAAAGUGACCCCAAGGACCAGAGGCAAGACUGUGAAUGACCAACUGAACACCAUGGCAGAACAGCUGCAAGUGAUGGAGGAGACCUCAAAGCGACUCAUGUACGAGUUCACAGGAACACACUAUUUGAUGGACAAGGUGGAUGGAAUGAUGGAUGUGCUGGAUCCCGAAUCAAAAGACCUGAACAAACAGAGACCAUCGACACGUGUCACACCUGGAAACGAAGGAAAACAAAAGCCUGAUGAGGCUGCAGACAUUGAUGAUAAACAUGCAACUCUUGAUCUUGGGUCUCUGGCAGCGUCAAAUGCGCAACAUAAUCCUCCCCCUCAAGUGUCGAAACUAGAUCUCCGUGGACUGUCAACGCGAGAGAACCAAUCAGCAUCCAAGCUGGUUCAAGAGGCAAAAGAGAAAGCAAAGAAGCAAGAGGUUAGAAAGUGGAUGAAGGAGAAGAGGAAGGAGAGGCUGGGGAAGUACAUUGAGAAGCGGAAGGACUUGGCCCAGAAGGAACACCAGCCUUGGACUCAGAAACAUCACAACCACCACUCAGUCACCACCCACGAGAUCAAAGAGAACCUGAAAAUGAGGGAGAACAUGAAGGCAGAGCGUGAUGCAGAAUUUACAGAGAAGCGAUACCAGUCAGCCGAAGAACUUCUGGGUGAGAUUGCGACUGAUCGGCCGACCACCUCCAGACACGAGAAGCUGCCCCCACCCUCGGUGCUAUCUGCUAGACGAGGAAUGGCGAGUGGCGCAUCUACUAACAGAAGCAGAAAUGAGUCCAGGCUGCCUGUGCCCGCUAACAAAACUCUACCGUCCAAGUCCCGCUCUAGAUCCCAUUCACAGGAUCCUCCAGCCGGUUACAGUUCCUGGUACGAGUACUACAGACUGCAAGCGAACCACAAACUGGCAGCGAGAAGGAGAGUUGCCGAAGAGAUCAGACAGGAGCGGGAGCAGGAGGAGUCAGAACUGAUGAGUAGACUAGACGAGUUGAGUCAGCUGAGCGAACACAGUCACCCUAACUACAAUGGGCCAGCGGGAGAACAAGGGACAAUGCAAGGAGGCGAGGAGACUGCAAGAGAAGAGGCAGAUCAGGAUAAGAGAAAAGCUCAAGCGAGUAAGCCGCCACCUAAGCCCUUUACGGCACUGGUGAAAAUUCAGAACCCAGACAAAACUAGGAACAGAAGCAGCUCUCCAGGCAAAACAAUCACACAUCAUGACAGAGUCAAACAAGCCCAGUCUACGGGCCCACUUCCGAAACCCAGUGUAUCGCCAGCCAGGAACACCCCGAACGCAAACGCGCCCAAUGCUUUGCGGGCAACUCGGAAAACAGAAAAGAAACCUAGAGUGGCCAAGACUUAUGCGGAGAGACUGCAAGAGUUGCAAAGGGAUAAGUCACCUAUGGUGCGUACUGGCAGUCCUUCUCCUGUCAGAGCAGGCAGACCCCUCCUGAAGACCAAGACUCCGAGGGGAUCCCCAAUGACCUACACACAACAGCUGCAGAAACUGGGUGGUAGACAGAUUUCUCCCGCAACUCAGACAAGUAAUUUCGGCAGCACUUUCAAACGAACUGGAUCUCCUGCCAACAAGACAUACCAGCGAAGUGCUUCACAUAGAGACCGACCUUACGCCAGUCCGUACAGAGAAGCCACCGACAAGGAAGUUAUCUCAGGCAGAGCGAGACGCAUCCCAGACGGCAAGAGGACUGCUCAUGAUGAUGAUGACGAUAGGUUCGGUGGAGACGAUAUGUCGGAGAUGUCGGAUAUAAGUGCAUGGAGUGUACCUACCAAAGUGAAACAGCUGUUGCAGAUGGAUAAUGACGCGGGACCUGUGUCAAGGAAUGGUGGAGUAGGGUCACAUGCAACUUCGGACUCACCACGACUGACUAACAUUGACUUCUCGGAGCUGGAGGACAUGGACAUGGAGUCUCAGAUCAGUAGCAAACUAGACUGGGACGCAGUACAACAGAUGAUCCAGUAAAACAUCCAAAAAAAAUUAAGUUUUUAGCGAGCGAAACUUCAAAAUUAGAUUCUGUAUGCUGAGCAGACUGAUAAAUUUUGUACAUUCUAAAUUUUGUAAAUUCUCAUAAUUGACCCAAGUCGGUCUGUACAUAAAGAAAUUAUCUAUAAAUAUGUAACAUGUUUUACAGAUUGUAAAUAUAGUAGCCUUGGACAUGUAAAAUUGCCGUCAAAUAGUCAUUGAUUAAAACUGUUUUCAA